AUUGAAGGUGAAAUAACAGACGCACAUUUCGUAUCGCGUACUUUGAGUUGACGUUUACUGUGUAAUUGAUAGACGCAAAGCUUGUAAAGAAUUUUUUAUAAUUUAGUAUGAAUAGCUUAGAAAAUAAAGUGGUUUUAGUGACGGGUGGUGCUAAUGGUAUCGGAGCUGAAAUCGUUAAGGAAUUUAUAAAUGAAGGUGCAAAGGUAACCAUUUUAGAUAUCAAUGAAAGCGCGGCGAAUGAAUUGGUAUAUAAUUUGGCGGGAAAACAUGGCAGAGAAAGAAUACAGUUUAUAAAAUGUGAUGUUAGCAAGGAGGAUCAACUACUAGACGCAUUCGAAAAAGUCAACAACCAGUUUGAUUAUAUCGAUGUUAUAGUUAACAAUGCUGGCAUAGCGGACGAAUCAUUUGAUAUGUAUAAAAAAGAAAUCGAUUUGAAUUUCACUGCAGUUAUAACUUCAUCGUUGAGAGGAAUCGAGUUUAUGCGUAAGGACAAAGCUGGUAAAGGAGGCACCAUCAUCAAUGUAUCCUCGGUUAGUGGACUUAUGAGGAUAUGCCCUGGUCUCUUCUUAUACGGAGCCAUUAAGUGUGCUUUAAUCCACUUCGGAAGCUCUAUUGGCAUGAAAGAAUAUUAUUCUAGAACCAAUGUGAGGGUGAUCACGAUUUGUUUCGGAGUUACGCAGUCAAAUAUAUUGUUGACAACGAAAAGCUUUGAUGAGCAAAUAAAUCGCGACGGUGAACAAAUUAUGCGUAAUAUCGCAUUAAGAAGUCCUGUACAACCUGCAGAAGUAGCAGCUAGGGGAGUGGUUGAAUGUUACACAAAUGGUGAAAGUGGAAGUGUCUGGCUUGUGAACAAUGGGAAAAUUUGCGACAUAUCUGAUAACAUAGACCAAGCUUUCGAAACAAUGGGUGAAAAAGUAAAUAUUUGA